AUGGUUGUGAUCAACCUGGGCUUCCUAGAGCUCUCAAAAUCAUUGAACAGUCAGUAUUUCGAUAUCAAUAAGAAAAGCAGAAUUGAAACUCUAUUUGAUAUGAUGUUGGAAAAGUUGAAAUAUAGAAUUCCUUGCAAAUCUUGUGUUAGUUCCUGGUCUGGGCCCAGGAGGGAGUCUCCACAACUUGACAAGUUCUACACUUUGAUGAAUUACAACAUGAUGUCAGAAAGCAGCAUUGAGGCUGCAUUUGAAUCGGGUGUGAAGCUAAUUUUGCUAUGGGAUGCAACAGUUGGGGGACCAAUGAUCUUCCACGGCGAUCACAAUCUAAUCAAUCAGUACUUGCAAGCCGUUGAUGAUAUCCACCGUUGGAUGGAGAUAACCACCGUAUCUGAUGAUCAGAGCAAGGGCCAAAAAGCGAUUGAAUUAGCCAUGGCACAACUCAAGGAGGAGUUUGCAAACAUUUUUACCGGCCAAACCUGCUGUCCAAGUUAUUCAACUUGUUCGAGUUCUAUGUCUGAUAGCACCUGCUUUGAACUGGAUGAAGAGGAUUAUUUAGACUACCAUGCACCAUCUGAGGAAGAAAUCAAUAAUCUUCGAGCUAUUGCUGAGAGAAUGAAUUCUGUUGGAUACCUUCGUCAAUGUGUUCAGUGUUACAAGAGAGUGAGAAAGGCUCUAUUGGAAGAUCGCAUUCAACGUCUUGGCGUUGAGAAAUUGAGCAGCCGAGGUGUCCAGCGGUUGGUGUGGGCAGUUUUGGAGGCAAAGAUCAGACAGUGGAUUCGUGGUGCUAUAGUUUGUGUUCGAGUUCUGUUUUCGAUUGAGAAGCAACUUUGUGAGCAAAUCUUUGGAGGUUUCGGAGAUAAUGUUGCUGAUUUUUGUUUAUUGGAAACCAUUAGAGAUGCUGCAAUUCAAUUGUUUGACUUUGUUGAAGCCAUAAGUACCACUCGUAGAUCACCUGAGAGGCUGUUCAAAUUUUUGGACGUCUACAAGGUGUUCAUGAUAGAUCUUUUGCCACACUUGAAAGUUCUUUUUCAGUUGAAAUCUGAAGAGCCUGAUCAUAUCCAAGCUCUUAAGGUACCUAUUAGAAUCCGGACUAAUGAGGCGAUUCAUCAGCUUCUUGUGGCAAUUGAUGCCAUUCUACCACAACUAGAGAAGAGCCUGCUUCGGGAUGUUUCAUCCGGUCUGGUUCCAGGAGGGAGUCACCAUAACUUGACAAGGCAUAUUAUGAAAUAUAUCACUCGGAUUUCUGAUUAUAAUCAAUCUUUAACUGAAUUGAUCAUUUUUGAGCCGCCAAAAUAUUCAAUUUAUUUCGAUGAUCAGUUUGGUCCUGAAAUGGACUUGUUGAAGUUUGAGGGUCAAACUCCAUUGGUGCUCCAUUUGAUUUGGAUCAUUGAGAUUUUACUCCAUAAUUUGGAACUCAAGUCCAAGGACUACAAAGAUGCUGCAUUGGGUUAUUUGUUCAAGAUGAACAAUAUUCAUCACAUUGUGCAGGAAAUUGAAGGCUGCCCUGGAUUGAAGAUGAUGAUUCCCGAUGAUUAUUUGUAUAUAUUAACCGAAGAAGUCCAGCAAUCAGCGAAUAGCUAUAGGGCAGCUACUUGCUCAAAUAUCUUACACUGUUUGAGACACGAGGGACUAGAGGGGGGUAAUUGGAGCUUCUUGGUUUCUGAUACUUCUGAUGUAUCAAAGAGUGCUUUGAAAGCUAGGUUCAAGACCUUCAAUUCUAUGUUUGAAGAGAUUCACAGGACUCAAUCAACAUGGUCAGUACCGGAUAGGCGGCUUCAAGCGCAAGUUCACAAGUCCUUACUGGAGAAGUUGAUCCCAGCUUACCGGUCUUUUUUGGGCGUAUUCAGGAUUCAUGUAGAGAUGGGAAAGCAACCCGAGAAGUACAUCAAGUACUCGGUUGAGGAUCUUGAGACCGCAGUCUUGGAUUUCUUUGAGAAGGAAGGAAACUUUAGACACAAACUGAUUUCUUUAAAAGGAUUGGCCGCCACUAGAGUGAAGAAGAAUGACAAGAAAGUGAGCGAAGAAAGAGACUCAGUAAGCACUUCAAUAGCAGCCGAGUUAGGCCCAAAUUGCCCCCAUACCCCACUAGCUACUCUCCUACCGCCAAAAGAUUCUAGUUUUUUCGAUUAUCAGUUUGUUUCUGACAUGGACUUCUUGGAGUUUGAGAGGCAAACUCCAUUGGUGCUCCAUUUCAGUUGGAUCAUUAUGAUUUUACUGUAUCAAUUGGAAGUUGAGUCCAUGGACUACAAAGAUGCUGCAUUGGCUCAUUUGAGGAUGAACCAAAGGAAAGCAUAA